AUGAACUUUGAUGGGUCUGCUCAAAAUGUCUGCCAAGUUGGAGGUGGAAUCAUCUGUGACCACUUGGGGAAUAUUGUGGCAGCCUAUGCGGGCAACCUAAAGAACCAUAUUGUCACCCAGGCAAAGGGAAUGGCUCUCCUAUGGGGUCUGAGAUUUGCCACAUCCAUUGGCAUUAAACAUCUGGAAAUUGAAGGCGAUUCGCAGAUCACUGUGGAAAUGGUAAGUGGUAGAUCUACUGCUAGGUGGAAAGUUGAUCCCAUUUUGAGGGAUGCCAGGAUGCUUAUGGCUAACCUUGAGGGCUUCACCAUCCGACAAAUCUUUAGAGAAGGGAAUGCGACUGCGGAUUCCAUGGUGGUGGCAGGAAGGCUGCAGAAAAGCUUACGAUGCUGGAGGAACGCCAAUCUGCUGCCAGUUACCACCAAGGUGAUCUUGGAGAUUGAAAAAAACCAAGUCCAAGGAUGA